AUGUCUUCAGCAGCGCCAUCCCAGCCGGCACCGGCACCUGACCGCGACAGCCAGACCGUCACCCUGCCGGACGGCCGCACAUUGGGCUUUGCCGAGUAUGGCGCGCCCGAGGGUGCCCCCGUCCUUUACUUUCAUGGCUUUCCCUCCAACCGCCUCGAGGGUCAGGCCAUGGACAAAUCUGCCAAGCGCCACAAGGUCCGCCUCUUGUGUCUCGACCGCCCCGGCUACGGCCUGUCUACGCUGCAGCCCGGUCGCCGCAUGCUCGACUGGCCCGACGAUGUCAUGGCCUUUGCUUCGACCCAGAACCUGAGCAAGUUCGGCGUCCUGGGCGGCUCCGGGGGCGGUCCCUAUGUGCUGGCGUGUGCGUCCAAGCUGCCGGCCGGUGUGCUCACACACGUCGGCGUCAUGUGCGGCGGCGGCGCCUUUGACAGGGCGUCCCGGGCGGCGGGAGUGAUCCCUCGCCGGUCGCGCGUGACGGUCUGGUUUGCGACAUAUUGGCCGUGGGCGCUGCGCGUGAUGGUGGCCGGGCUGGCGGGCACGAUCCAGUGGGUGGUGCGAACGCGGAUGGUCUCGCGGUGGAUCGACAACUGGUUUGCGGCCAUGGACAAGAAGCAGGCGGAGCACAAGACGGAAGAGAAACAGAGAAAAGAGGCGGCGAAAGCCAAGGCGAUCGCUCUGGCCGACACGCAAAGCGAAGGCUCUAUUGCCGGGUCCGACUUUGAAGAAGUCGCCGCCGUAGCCGCGUCGGUCGAGUCGCUGUCGACCGUCGCCACGACAAAACCGGGGUCGACCAAGGCUGCCGAUGACGAUGUGCAUGGUGUGCAUGAGGCUGACCCCGAAGACGAGGAGGACGGUGAGCCCAAGCGCAGCAUUCCCGAACGGCGCGAGGCCAUGUUCCGCGCCCUCUUUCACACGUUUGCGCAGGGUGCCGAGCCGACUGUGCAGGACGCCCAGGUGCUGUGCAGCGACUUGGGUUUCCGGUUCGAGGACAUCACAUAUGACCCCGUCAUGUUCUGGCACGGCGACCAGGACACCAACACGCCCCUGCCCUGGAUCCAGCAGAUUACCGACCGCAUGCCGCACGCCGUCCUGAAAGUUUACCCGGGCGAGUCGCACUACUCACUGGUCGGGCACAUUGAUGAGAUCGUCGCAUACUUUUCACCCAAGGCCAGCGAGGCGGGGGAGAAAACGGCUCCCGAGGAUGCGGAAGGCAAAUAG